UGCUCGAACAAACGAACGGGUGGCAGCGACCCGCCGGGCGUCCGCACGCCAGAGCUGACGCGCCCCAGCAGAGCUCGCGCGUUCACACGAACACGCAGAAGCUGGAGCGGCUGCAGGAGGAAGCGGCGCCGGCCCAAGCUGGGGGGCAGAGGGCAGCAAACCGCGCUUACGGGCAAGAGGGAGGGGAGGAGGCGGUCGUUGCUGCUUCUGCGUGGGGUCUUCCUCCUCCCUUCUUCCCCCGGCCGCCAGGGAAGCUGGAGAGAAAAUAAUCACCUCUUCUUGCAAACGAAGCCGGAGCGGCGCCGUGUAGACAACCCCAGCAGGACACAGCAUGUGAGAAGGAAUCCAGGAGGCAACUGGAAUAUUCCCUCUAUGAAGAACUUCAGCACAAAUGUGUAGGAUGGACAGCGCAGUGCAUUAUGGCGGAGGGAUCCUCUGUCAUGAAGCUCAGUUGCUGAGUACAUCUGGUUUUGGAACAUGUCCUCCUCUCCUGCCAGAAGCUGGACAACAUGCUUCCCAGGGACCAACUUCGGCUGAGGAAGAAUGGUACUGCCUAUGUUUAGGAUUUUGAAUGCAGAUCUUUGAAGGUCCAGAACUUGAGCUGAGAGGUCCGUUGACUGUCACACGCUCUUUUGGAUGGCCAUGUUGGCAUUUCCUUGGCCACCAGGGCAGCUGCACCCCAACGCCUCCCAUCCAGGUUCCAUCAUGGCUCUUUUGCAGGACAGAAUCAGUGACUUGUCUCUUGGGUUCAAUGUUUCACUUGGUACCCCUCGUCCACACCUCCUCAAUCAAUCUCUAAGGGACUGUGAGCUGGAGUGGCGGUGUUCUGAGGCUGCCACGCAGGCUGACGGCAGUGGCCGCUUUCUGGGGCUGGCCAUCUCACUGGUGCUGCCCAUCGUCUAUGCCCUCAUCUGUGCCUGUGGCGUCCUAGCCAACGGGCUUGUGAUCUCCGUGGUGCUGGGCUGCAAGCAGAAGAUUGUGUCGGACAUCUACAUCCUGAACCUGGCCGUCGCUGACUUGCUCUUCCUACUUGGCAUGCCAUUCAUCAUCCAUCAACUUCUUCAGGAGCAAGGCUGGGUGUUUGGGGACUUUCUGUGCUGGGCGGCUACCACCAUGGACCUUAACAACCAGUUCAGCAGCGUGGCCAUUGUUACUCUGCUCUGCGUAGACAGAUACGUGGCGGUUGUAUACUCAUCCACCAUUGGCCAGAAACGGACAUUGCGCUGUACAGCUCUGAUCAAUGCCGGCGUGUGGGCCGGGAGCCUAGCUCUGGCCACGCCUGCUAUGCUCUAUGCCCGCGUGCACUGGGACAACAGGACUGCGAUCUGCCUCAUUGACUUACCAGGUCCUCGUAGCAUGUACUGGUACACUCUUUACCAAUCGCUGGUGGCUUUCCUGCUGCCCUUGCUGGUGAUCACCGUGCUGUAUUCGUUGACUCUGCACCACCUCUUCCGCGCCAUGCGCCGCGUGCAUAGGAAGGCAUCUGCCCGCAGUCGGAAGGUGACCCGCAUGGCGCUGACCAUCAUUGCUGCCUUUUUUGUCUGUUGGACACCCUACCAUGUGUUGCAGUUGGUCAACCUCACAGCCACGCCUUCCGCUACCUUCUUCUACCUGUACCAGGCCACUAUCUGCCUCAGCUAUGCCCACAGCUGCGUCAGCCCCAUCCUGGUUAUUUUCUGCACUGAGUUCUUCCAUGAGAGGAUGGCUCAAUCCAGGUAUUGCAGAUUUUUCACCAGGUGGAGAACAAUACGGGCAAGUGCUUCCUUUUCCACCCCAGAAAUCACAGCCACAAUAUACAGCCCACAAGUGAGCCAUGCCACGUCCCCAUGCCAGCGCCGUCCAAAUGGGACAGAAAUACCUUUGUACUCUGUGACUGAGACCACCACUUUCAGUGUUGCUGUCAAUGGGUAUGAGGAGCACAACGGGAUUUAGUGAUUGUUGUAUACUGUUAUGUCCCCCUGCAAUUCUGGAAAGAUUCAGAUGGUGAUGGAGAACAUCAUACCAGAAGCCUUUUGUUGAAGGAGAGAUGUUGUGAAGGUUCAUUGCAUCUCUCCCCAGGACAAAAUGGAGCAAUUUUUCCGCCAAGGGCCUUCAGUUUCUUGUGGGAGAAAAUGAGAGAAGGGCUUUAUAUGUUGUGGGUACGGUGGCUUAUGGCAGAGAACAGCAUUCUGCACUGCAUGGAAUAAAAACAUUGUGAACAUUCAUUUCUGUUUCCUGCAGAGGAGAAAAUGUAGUAACCUUGGGCUUGCCCAGACUCUAUGUUCAAAAUGCUAAAAGGAGGGAAAAAUGUGAGAGAUUUCUGAGUUCUUCCUGGUCAGGGAGGAGAAGCCUGAAGGAAAACUUGAAGGAUGUUUUAAUGGGAAAAGAGUGCUCAUGUUUAUAGGUUUAUGGAGAAAAACCACAAGUGUGAUCAUACCGAAUCUAAAAUAAAUGGUGAGUCUGUAUUGGGCACUUGGUUUUGUGUGUGUGAAAUCCUUAGCUAGAGCUU